CUCUCUCUCUCUGUCAGCUGCCUGCUAAUGAGGAUGUAAAGCUCUCAGCUACUGUUCCAGUGUCACACUGUCUUCUGCCAUGAUGGUCUUGGACUAACGCUCUAAACUGUGAGCAAACUUCCAAUGAAAUGUUCCUUAUCCUUCUGUAAAUGAGAACGGCCCACAUAGACUCAUAUACUUGAAUGCUUUCCUUAAACGUCCUUUUAGGACAGUUGCCUUGGUCAUGGUGUCUCUUCACAGCAAAAGAACAGUAUCUAAGACAAUAUCCUCGGCAAUCCACCAACUGGGAACCAGACAUUCACACCAGAGAAGGCUCAGUGGUUAAGAGCCUUCACAGGGGCCUGCAGUUUUAGAGAGGAGGCCACCCUCAGAACCUACUACUGCCCAGCCAUGGACUGCUACCUGCUGCUGCUGCUGCUGCUGCUGCUGCUCCUGGGACGAGCAGGCCAAGGCUCAGCUAACAGUCAUCCUGAGGCGCUACAGGCACCGGUGGGGUCAUCCAUUCUAGUGCAGUGCCACUACCGGCUCCAGGAUGUGAGGGCUCGCAAGGUGUGGUGCCGGUUCUUGCAGGAAGGCUGCCACCCACUAGUGACCUCAGCGGUGGACCGAAGAGCUCCAGAAAAUGGGCAUAUAUUCCUCACUGACCUGGGUGGGGGGCUCCUGCAGGUGGAAAUGGUGACCCUGCAGGAAGAGGACACCGGGGAAUAUGGUUGUGUGGUGGAGGGAGCCGCAGGACCCCAGACCCUGCACAGGGUCGCCCUGCUGGUACUUCCUCCAGUUCCUGGUCCAGGAGACGGGGAGGAAACAGAAGAAGAGAAAGAAACCUAUAGAACCGGAACCGGAAGUCUGCUGGAGGACCCUUCCGCAAGUGCUGGGCCUCCCGAGUUCAGAAGGCGUGAGAACAGGGCCGGUGGUCAGCAGCUUCCCUCAGGGCACAGGGCUAAACCAGCCUAUCCCUUUGUGUCUCUCAGUAUCCCCCUGAUCUGGGGUGCUGUGCUCCUGCUGGGCCUGCUGGUAGUAGCUGUGGUGCUGUUUGCUGUGGUGGCCAGAAAGAAAGGGACCAGGCUUGGUGUCUGUGGCCCAUCCCAGAACACUGGAGUUUCAGGCCUGGACCCUUCCUCAGCAGCCCACCAUAGCCAUGACUUUGGACCACCUGCAGACAUACCACAUGUGAGGCUCGACUCACCGCCUUCCUUUGACUCUGUCUACAUGGGCUCUUCUCUUGAUCCACCAUCAAGGAAAGCCCCAGCUCCACCCCCACAGCCCCCUCUGCCUCCUAAGGUUCUGAUGUCGUCCAAGCAUGUGACAUAUGCUACAGUUGUCUUCCCGGGAGGGGACAAAGGUGAAAUAGCCUCCCGUGAGCCAGUUCAGCAUCUCCCAAACAGUCAGACCCCACCCAGUUAAUAAUACACUUUAAUUUAUACACUUGGGAUCGCCCCUGGGGAAUUCUCUGCAGCCCAUCCAACUAACUCUGCCUUUUAUGCACAGAGUAUGUCAGCAAGUGGUGACUCAGAGCUCUGAUCUAGUGUCUUGGUUUGGUGGACACAGGAAGUGGUGCUCAGAUAUGAGUGAGGUGUCUGGAGGGGGGAAGAAUUCUGCUGCUUCCCGGUGCUGGAUCUGCUGUCCCUUACAUAUUGGGCUAAAUAAACCCGGAGGAUGUAUAAGUUC